AUGGAAGGUCUUCCCAGUGCUUCAGCUGCUUUCGCUGUCAUAUCUCUCGCUGUGCAGUUAGCCGAAAGUGUCAAACAGCUAGUGGAGUUUUGGCAAGCUAUCGAAGAUGCCCCAGGAGAUGUUAGUGAACUUUUUUCUGAUCUAGAACUCCUUGAUAUGGUAGAAAUGGCUCUCCAACACCAAGAAACUUCGAAAGGCAUAAGCGCCAUACAAGAGAUUGUUGUACAAUAUUCGCAAAACCUCAACCCUAUGCAUGGGUCUAAAUCGCUAUCUUCAAAAUAUGCUUCUUCCAUGCUCUUGGAGGAAAAGAAGGCCACAGAACUAGGCCUACUAGAUUUACACCGAGAUAAGGAAAGUCAUGGUUAUUGCCUGUCUACUAGUACAAGAAAUGUCAUGAUCUUUCAAAACAGCUCUCCUGGAGUUUUGGAUGAAGUCGGAAGCUCGGCCGAUGAUAACAAGAAACAGAUCAUUGGCCGUACAUCGUCGAAAACUAGAUUCUCCGCCUCGACUAAAACUAAAAGUGCAAAUGAAUUGAGUUCUCACGAAACCAUGGAGACGAGAAUUGGCAUAGUAUUCUACCCGGCGAAAUGGCUGUAUCGCCUAGGCAUGACUAUGGGGAUUCGCAUGUCGGCGACCGUUGAUAACGGCUGGAUGUUUACAUUCUCCUCCUUUGAGGCCGUUCCGGACGAUGCAUUGAUUUUUGAUCUUUGCCGACAAGGCAAUGUUGCCGGUGUCAAAAUUCUUUUAGAUCGUGGAGAUGCUUCCAUUGAAUGUGAAAACCCUCAGGGUAAAACGCCGCUGUGGACUGCCGUCAACUAUGGCCAAGUUGAUGUCGCGAGAUUUUUGAUCGCCGUCGGAGCCAAGAAUACAGCCAACACAAUCUGCCCAUGGCAGAACCCCGUCGUGCUUGAUGCUCGUCGAAAAAUUGCCUUGAUUGAGGCCUUAGAAGUCUACUCAAAGUACAAAGGUGAUAAUGUAUAUGGCACUAUUGGUCGCUUAUCGAUAUUCUAUACCCCAAGCAAACGACUUGAUAUGACCCAAGAAGAAAUCUCGGACAGUAUGUUGAUCGAAGGUAAUUUCGAGGUACAUAAAGACAGUGUCACAUCCUACUCAUUACUACACUGUUUGAUUGGUGCCCGAUUCCUUCAUAGGGAUCUGCUUUCCGUGAGAAUGAUUAUGGAGAAAACAACAGACUUACAUAGUUUGCACGGUUACGGGGCUUGGAGUCGAUAUCAACCACAGACACCCACAGUUCUUGCAAUGUAUGACCAGGAUUUGUUCAUUCCAUGGCGACAACUUCUUCUAGAAUCUAAACAGGACAUGGAUACCUUCAUCGAGCGGGAGAUUGAUGCUAAGUAG